AUGAAGUACAUGAUCGGAGAAAAUCCUUUGAGUGUGAUAUUUGUCAUAAAUUCUUUGGAGAAAAGGAAAUCAUUUGGAUACCAGUGGGUACUUAAAAACCAUGUUAUGGCCGUACAUGAUCGUAGGAAACUCUUCGAAUGUGAGAUUUGUCACAAAUCAUUUGGAAACAAGAGUGAUCUUAAAAGACACAAGAUGACUGUACAUGAUAGAAGAAAACCCUUUGAAUGUGAGAUUUGUCAGAAAUCAUUUGGACAAUCAGGUGUCCUCAAACGUCACGUCAACGCAGUUCAUGAUCAGAACAAACUCUUUGAGUGUAACGUUUAUCACAGAUCCUUUGGGCAAAAAAUUACCCUCAAAACUCACAUAAAUAAAGUACAUGAUCGCAUCAAUCCGUUCUAA